GGACUCCCUUUCCCGGCAGCCCCCGCGGCGGCCCCAGUUUCCCGGCGGCCCUCGCGGCAGCGUUGGGCGGACUCCCUUUCCCGGCAGCCCGCGCGGCGGCGGGCGGAAGCGGUGCCAUUUCCCGACGCGCCGCGCGGUGGCGCCAAGAUGGCGGCGGCAGCGGGGGGCGCGGGGCCGGCGACGGCGCGGGAGCUCUUCGCCGAGGGGCUGCUGCAGUUCCUGCGGCCCGCGGUGCGGCAGCUCGACGGGCACGUCCACGCCGUCAGGUCCGGGCGCCGAGCGGCCUCGGGGACGGGCAGGGGGCCCGGUGGGAGCCUGAGGGAGAGCCAGGUGGAGCUGCGGGAGCACAUCGACAGCCUGGCCAUAGAGCUGUGCCGCAUCAACGAGGACCAGAAGGUCGCCCUUGACCUCGACCCCUACGUGAAGAAGCUGCUGAACGCCCGGCGCAGGGUGGUGCUGGUCAACAACAUCCUGCAGAACGCCCAGGAACGGCUGCGGAGACUCAACCACAGCGUGGCCAAGGAGACCAUGCGGAGAAGGGCGCUGUUGGAGGCGGCGGGCGGCUACCCCCAGGGCCUGCCUGGCAAGUGAGGCCCCUGCAGCAGCGCCAGGCUGGUUCUGCCUGCACGACCUCCUCGGGACACGGCUGUGCCAACGGUCCUGAGAGUUACGCCCUCCCCAGGUUGGCUGGGAGCUGGGUCGGAGCAGGAGCUGCCCUGGCCGGUGGCAGGCACAACCCAGCACCUGCUUUAGGACAGUGAACAGACUGAGCCACCACUGAGCAGAGCAGAUUCCUGUUCGUAGCAAUGCUUUUCUUAGCGUCCGCAGCACUGCAGCAGGGGGGAAGUCCUAUAAAGCGAAAGCUGCAGCUUUUCGACUACAGUAUAACAAACUGGAGGCAACUUCCUGUAUUGUAUUUUGAGGCUUGUGGGCACUGUAAUAAAAGUGACUGCAUAUUGCUUACAAA